AGACGCCUUAUCUACCAUCUGGAGUAUGAAAGCUGGAGGACGCAGCGGCACUGGACUGACCAUCAGAAGACUUCUCCUAACCCUGAGACAAGACCACAUUAGAGCAAAGCGCUGUGCACUUGAGAUGGAAUUUUUCUGGGGAAGCGGUCAGGAGUCUCAGUGCCUGCUGCUUUCCUGUCUGCUGCUCGCCGCCUGGGGGACAGGGAGAGGCCAGCUCCACUACUCGGUCCCCGAGGAGGCCAAACACGGCACCUUCGUGGGCCGCAUCGCGCAGGACCUGGGGCUAGAGCUGGCGGAGCUGGUGCCGCGCCUGUUCCGGGUGGCGUCCAAGAAGCGCGGGGACCUUCUGGAGGUGAAUGUGCAGAAUGGCAUUUUGUUUGUGAAUUCUCGGAUCGACCGCGAGGAGCUGUGCGGGCGGAGCGCGGAGUGUGGCAUCCACCUGGAGGUGAUCGUGGACAGGCCGCUGCAGGUUUUCCACGUGGAGGUAGAGGUGAGGGACAUUAACGACAACCCGCCUGUGUUCCCAUCCACACAAAAGAAUCUGUAUAUUCCGGAAUCCAGGCUGCCUGACUCUCGGAUUCCACUAGAGGGCGCGUCGGAUGCAGAUGUGGGUGUCAAUGCUGUGCUGACUUACAGACUGAGCCCCAGUGAACAUUUCUCUCUGGACGUACCACCCAAUAAUGAAAGAAUAAAAGGGCUUGGGCUUGUCUUACGGAAGCCUUUGGACAGGGAAGAAGCUCCCGAGCUGCACUUGGUGCUCACAGCCACGGAUGGAGGCAAGCCAGAGCUGACUGGCACCGUCCAGUUACUCGUCACGGUCCUGGAUGCCAAUGACAAUGCUCCAGUUUUCGACCAAUCACUGUAUACAGUGAAAUUACCAGAAAACAUCCCGAAUGGAACAUUGGUAAUUAAAGUGAAUGCCUCAGAUAUGGACGAAGGCUUGAAUGGAGACAUUAUUUAUUCAUUUUCAACUGAUGUUUCACCAAAAGUGAAAUACAAAUUCCACAUAGAUCCAGUCACAGGGCAAAUUAUUGUGAAUGGCUAUAUUGAUUUUGAAGAAUGCACAUCCUAUGAAAUUCCAAUAGAGGGCACCGACAAGGGACAACUCGCACUUUCUGGACACUGUAGAGUUAUUGUAGAAGUAGAAGACAUCAAUGACAACGUUCCAAAGUUAGAGUUCAAAUCCCUUUCACUUCCUGUGCAAGAGGACGCCCCUCUGGGCACCGUCAUCGCCCUGAUCAGCGUGUCUGACCGCGACUCCGGAGAGAACGGGCAGGUGACCUGCUCCCUGACACCCCACGUCCCCUUCAGGCUGGUGUCCACCUUCAAGAACUACUACUCGCUGGUGCUGGACAGCGCCCUGGACCGCGAGACCACCCCCGGCUACGAGGUGGUGGUGACCGCCAGGGACGGAGGCGCGCCGGCGCUGUGGGCCACGGCCAGCGUGUCGGUGGAGGUGGCGGACGUGAACGACAACGCGCCCGCGUUCGCGCAGGCCGAGUACACGGUGUUCGUGAAGGAGAACAACCCGCCGGGCGCGCACAUCUUCACGGUGUCGGCCACGGACGCGGACGCGCAGGAGAACGCGCGCGUGACCUACUCGCUGGUGGAGCGGCGCGUGGGCGAGCGCGCGCUGUCGAGCUACGUGUCCGUGCACGCGCAGAGCGGCCGGGUGCACGCGCUGCAGCCCCUGGACCACGAGGAGCUGGAGCUGCUGCGCUUCCAGGUGAGCGCGCGCGACGCGGGCGAGCCCGCCCUGGGCGGCCAGGUGACGCUGCAGGUGUUCGUGCUGGACGACAACGACAACGCGCCCGCGCUGCUGGGGCCCGAGGCGGGGGUGCAGGCUGCGGGCAUGAGCCAGCUGCUGUGGCGCUCAGUGGGCGCGGGCCACGUGGUGACGAAGGUGCGCGCGGUGGACGCGGACUCUGGCUACAACGCGUGGCUGUCCUACGAGCUGCAGCCGGAGGCGGGCGGCGCGCGCAGCCCGUUCCGCGUGGGGCUGUACACGGGCGAGAUCAGCACCACGCGCGCCCUGGACGAGGCGGACGCGCCGCGACAGCGCCUGCUGGUGCUGGUGAAGGACCAUGGCGAGCCCGCGCUGACGGCCACCGCCACCGUGCUGCUGUCCCUGGUGGACAGUGGUCAGGCGCCCAAGGCGCCGUCGCGCUCGCGGGCCUUGGUGGAUGCCGCCGGCCGGGAGGCGUCGCUGCUGGACGUGAACGUGUACCUGAUCGUGGCCAUCUGCGCGGUGUCCAGCCUGCUGGUGCUCACGCUGCUGCUGUACGUGGCGCUGCGGUGCUCGGCGGCGUCGCCCACGGAGGGCGCGUGCGGGCCUGGCAAGCCGGUGCUGGUGUGCUCCAGCGCGGUGGGCAGCUGGUCGUACUCGCAGCAGAGGAGGCACAGGGUGUGCUCUGGGGAGGGCCCGCCCAAAGCGGACCUCAUGGCCUUCAGCCCCUGUCUAUCGGAUUCUAGGGACAGAGAAGACCAACCGCAGCAGAAUGGAGAUUUCUUUGGAAAGCCUCUGUGGGAUGAUGGGACAUGCUACCGCUUCCAGCUUGAGUUUGUACUGUAUUUUUAAAAGUUAAAAUUUUUUUUUUAUUUA